AGGUCUGUGUUUGACGGGAGCGGCGCCGGCCACUGCCGCGCUAUUCUCGUCCUCGGCCGAGAAGUUCUCGCCGUCACCGUCGUCGACGAACGUCGGCGACUUCCGUCUGUUCUCACACCCGAACCUGGAGGUGUACGAUGAGGCCAACGACGACGAGAUUCUCUACAGCGUCGUAGAGACCAUGAGAGAAUACGCCACACGCAUGGGCAAGAAGAAAUCACGCAGGCGUUUUAAGCGCGAUGAGGAGGUGGUCUGUUACAAGGAGCUCGGCUGUUUCCGGGACAGCGGGCCCUUCGACUACCUGGACAUGCUGCCAUCACCGCCCGAGGAGAUCGGCACCACGUUCAUGUUUUACGGGCCGACCAACAAGCACCUGGCGCAGGUCAUCCCGUACCGGCCCGGCCCGCUGGACAUCAGCCGCUUCAACGGCUCGCUGCCCACCAAGGUCAUCAUCCACGGCUUCGGCAGCAGCUGCAACCGCGUCUGGGCGCACGAGAUGCGCGAGGCUCUGCUCUUCACGCUGGACUGCAAUGUGAUCUGCGUGCACUGGGACAAGGGCGCUGCCACGCCGAACUACAUGAGAGCGGCGGUCAACACGCGGCUGGUGGGACGGCAGGUGGCACUGCUCAUCAAGCAGCUGGUUAACAGACACGGCGCUUCCCUGGACAACAUCCAUCUGAUCGGCUUCUCCCUGGGCGCCCACGUAUCGGGCUUCACCGGACAGGAGCUGGAGGGCAACAUCAGCCGCAUCACAGGCCUGGACCCGGCCGGGCCGCUGUUCGAGGGCUACUCCACGUCGGCCCGACUGGACGCCAGCGACGCGCAGUUCGUGGACGUGAUCCACUCGAACGGCGACUCGCUGCUGCGCGGCGGCCUGGGCACCUGGGACCAGCUGGGACACGUCGACUUCUACCCCAACGGCGGCCGCAUGCAGAAGGGCUGCACCAACCUCUUCCUGGGCGCCUUCAGCGACCUCAUCUGGUCGGGCGCCAGUCAGGCGGAGGAGGGCCGCUCGCUGUGCAACCACCGCCGCUCGUACCGGUUCUUCAUAGACUCGAUCUCGGCCAACUGCACGUUCCCGGCCACCCCGUGUGACAGCUACGAGAGCCUGCUGGCCGGCGACUGUUUCCCGUGCGGUCCCAGCUCGCCGUGCAGCCAGAUGGGCUACUACGCCGACCGGUUCAGCGCCAGAGGCAAGCUCUACCUCAUCACACGAGAGGACGAGCCCUUCUGCGCCAACCAGCACCGAGUCACCGUGCAUGGCCGGGGCGGUCCGGACGGCGCGACCUACGGCCGGGUCGAGGUCACCCUCAUCUCCAGCAGCGGCUACAACGAGACCUUCCCGCUCACACACAGUGACGGAGACGACGUGAGCCGACCGCUGGUGCGGAUGCUGGUCGCCCACCCGGUGUUCCACCACAUCAACCAGGUUCAGCUGCGCUACACCGCCUACAACGGCUGGCUGUACAGCGGCGCGCCCGCCUGGAGCAUCGACAAGGUGGCCAUCGUCAACAGCCUCGGGCACAGCAUGUCCUACUGCCAGCGGAACAUGGUGCUGCCGGACGGGAAGCCGGUGCUGCUGAACCUGCGCGCCGGCAACUGCCGCGUCUCUUCCUUCCGGCCCAACCAGAGCUUCUGGAAGUCGCCCCAGAAGCCGCCGCAGCUGCCGCCCAUCAGUCUCGAGGAGACGAUUCCCGACCCUCCCCCACUGGAGGACGUCCAGUCGAACCACGUGCGGAGCCUGGGUGCCGCCGACGGCGCGCUGCAGCGACUGUCGUCCCGGCCGCACCCGCGCCGGCCGGCCGGCGACCAGGCCUUCUUCAACCCGGACGGCCUGCCGGGCCGGACCGGCGAGCUAGACGACCAGCCGCCCCGACCCGCCGACCAUUCCAAACACCGCAUGGAGGACGAGAGUGACGGCGACCAGGGAGAGGAGUACGGCGACGACGAGGACUACGAGUACGACGAGGAGGAGAGCGACAACAGCACGGGCCACCCGGACCCGCCACCCACCCCCGAGACGGUGGCGGAGGGCGCCAAGCCGGUGCGCGGCCCGGACGACCUCGGUGUGAUUGUGAUCCGCGGGGUGGCCGGGGAGACCGGGGUCGAGGGCCGCGCGCUGUCCCCGGCGCGGCCCUCGCUCGCCCAGCUGGCGCGCGUGACCAACAGCAGCGGCGAGUACCCGCGCCGCGGCCGGCAGAUCGGGAUCCACGGCCGGGCGCGCGCCAACGCCACAAUCGCGGCGGCUCCGCGGCGGCCGCGGCCGCGCCGGCUGCGGCCCGGGCUGCGGCCGCAGCCGGCCGGGCCCGGCCCGGAGCCCGUCUACUACGUGCAGUACCUGCCGCCGGAGCUGUUCGAGCGGCCGGCCGCCGACUACAUCCCCAGCCGGGCCGUGGUGCCGCCGCCACCGGGCGCCGGCCGCGCCGCGCGCAGCCGCGGCCACCGGUUCGGCUUCCUGCGCAGCCUGUUCCCCACCUGGGAGAGCCCAGAGACGCGCUACAUCCCGCUCACGGAGGGCCAGCGCGAGCGGUUCCGUCCCGGGUGACCGGCCGGCUGCAGAGAGCCGCUGUGGGCCAGAGAGGACGCAGGGACGGAGUCUGCUCCGCCGCCGGAGCUAAACUCAUACUGCGGGUGAACUUUUUCACCAGGGCGCGACAUCGGAUUCGGGGAUAAUGCCGAGUCGGCGUCUCCUGUGGAGAGGGAAUGUGAGGGGUCUUUCGAUCAGAGGAUCAGCAGUUACCAAAACAGCGACACCGAAACCACCGAGGGCCGUGCGAUUUCUGCCGGCGAGCGAGGGAGGUCGGCCGAGCCACUGCCGGCCGGCCGUAUGUGAUAGGACCGGGGCCAGCCACUCCGCGCAGCAGCCCCGCAUCUUUCCAGUGCAUCCGUCCGUACUGCAUGUGUAUUAUAUCCGUGUCUACUGUGUAGGUUAGCGUGUUUUCACAAAUGUCUGUGCAAUUUCACUGGGUAGGUAGCGCGUUGUGGGUGUGGUGGGAGCCAGCGGACCGUUUGAGUGAUGACCGGGCGCAGGGACGUGCACGGAGCAGCGAGUGUCACCGAGUAGCACCUGUUAGUGCCAAAGAGGGGCGCGUCCGCGCGCGAGUGUGAGAACUAGGUGAGAGUGUCGGAUCGAGAGCUUACGUGUGAGCUGUGUGGAGCGCGGCAGCCGGCGGUGCUCGUCCCGGCGGCCGCGGCGGGGCGGCUCGGCCGGACGGCCGGACGGCGCCGCAGUAGACCAGUAUUCAGAGUGUGUGAGGCAGUGUUUUACCUGUGACUGGGCGGCCGGGGGCGCCCGGACAGGCCGCGGCGGGGCAGUGGGGGUGCGCCCGUCCCGCCGACCUCGGUCGUACUCAGGGAGCGCGUUCGGCCGCGGCGGCCCGGCCAGAGGCGCGACGGCCCACGCCGAUAUCAAUAAACAUACACACGA